AUGGCUAUGCUCAUCGCAAACCAAGGCCAAUACAUCUGCUUGGCUUUUUUUCUUGUGUUCAUUUUAGCCUUCUGCUCCUCUCAAGCAUCUUGUAGUCGCCAACUUUAUGGUGAAGACAAAAUCAUGCUCCAGAGAUUUGAGGAGUGGAGGGCUCAAAACGGACGAGUUUAUAAGGAUGCACAAGAGAAGGAGUUGCGCUACAAAAUAUUCAAGUCCAACGUGGAAUUCAUUGAAGCUUUUAACAAGAACAAGGACCAAAGAAAGUACACCCUAAGCCUCAAUAAGCUUGCGGAUCGCACCAAUGAGGAACUUCGAGCAAUGCGUAAUGGCUACAAUGUGAGGCAACAUCUCUCCAAAGAAGCGAUCACCUCCAACUCCAAGAAAAUAAGUCCAAAUACUUUUUUCAGAUAUGAAAAUGUAACCGAGGUGCCACCUUCCUGUGAUUGGACUACAACUGCUGCAACCCCGGUCAAGAACCAAGGAUAUUAUUGUGCGAGUUGUUGGGCGUUCGCAACAGUGGCAACAGUAGAAGGCCUUAACUAUCUUAAAACAGGAAACUUAAUUUCGCUAUCAGAACAAGAGCUUAUCGAUUGUGGAACUGGUACUGAAGUUAAUGGCUGUCGUGGUGGUUAUGUGGACAAAGCCCUUGAAUACAUGAUCCAACACAAUAUAGGACCCUAG